AUGACGCGCAACGAAUCGAUUCAGAUACAUCCGAUCGCAAGCAAAUGUGAGGCGAUCCCGCUCGUGCAAGAGCAACAUGCUGAUUCAGACAAGGUACUCUACCAGCUUCCGAAACAAGGCAGAUCUAUACAGCAGCAGUCAUCCAUACGUCGCGUAGUUGCACGGAAAAUGAGCAAGCGUCAGCAAUUCGGCACAUGCAAGCUGCAUAUCGCAAGCCUUCACUGUGAGCCUGGAGCUGGCAGCGACCGCAGAAUGGGGCCGCCAGUGCUUGCACAGAAGACACCGAUCAAUGUGACUGGUUCAUUUCGAACACUGGGCGAUGACAUUCAAAGAAUGAUCUUCUCGCAUUUGGAUUAUCAGUCCCUCAUUUUUCUUUCGCAGACCAGCCACCACUUUCAUCAGAUGGCUCGACCAGAGCUGGCCGAUCAACAAGAUCAGUUCCAGUUCGUCAUGAGAGCUGAGAAAGAGUUCAAGCAGCACUUCCCCAACGAAAAAAGCCCUGGAAAUUUUGCUUGCUACUUUUGCUACCGCGUGCUCCAAGCAGACUCUUUCAGAGAGGACCAAGCUCAUGAAGCGUUCGUGGAUUGCGAUGGCAGUUUCGUUCUCGACGUCAAACCCGAAAACGCUGCCAAAUAUUCAACAGUUCAGCUGCGACGUUACUGCAAAACUUGCGGAUGCAAAAACGGAUUCGACAGUUUCCGUGAUAUCCAGCACUUAUGGAGCCAAUAUCACGCAAUCGGCCGAUGGGAGAACUCUUGGAAACAGGCAAAUGGCCAGAAGCUUUGA